AUGAAAAUCGGUGCGCUUCUCUUCUUCUUCUCCUUCUUCUACAUCGCAACAGCUUUUGUGCGGCCACCACCUCCGCCCGAACUCCAUAAAAACGAGUUGCUCGUUUAUUGGAGUCGAGUGGAAAAAGAAUUCGAGCUAGACAACAAAAUCAUCGUGCUCAACAUCAAUGUCGAAUACGCAGACACUUUCAAGAUAUUCAAGGAUCAACGAGAUAUGGUUGAGGAUUUUUUUCUGAAUGUCACGGUUCAUGAAAAUGACUAUGAGAAAAUGAAAAGGAUGUGCAAGGAGAGCAGCGAGAAAUUGAGACAAGAAGUUGUGACACCGUUUCGUCAUACACAUUUGAUUAUUCAUUGCGAAUCGAUUCAGAUGAAAAUACAUCCACAUGUUGUGACUAUUUGGGUAGAAGCUCUGAUCAUUUUGGUUCUGUUGAGGUAUGUUUCUAGGCCUCGAAACAGGCUCAAAAUAUUGACAUUGUGUGAGUGAGAGAGAGAGACGAAGACAGACACCCAGGUUAUAUCUGUCUAUCUCGAACUUUGCCACGUCAUAACUCAAUUUAGAAGAUCAGUUGGUCUAAAACCACAUUUACAUAUUUUCAUUUUCAGCGUGCUCGCUUGUAACUCCGAUUCUCAACGAAAAUUGAGAAAUGCUCCAGUUGCAUUACAACAAUAUGUUCGUUUCCAAAGAGGUUCGGUAGACAUGCCUGAUAUUAUCGAUUUGGAUAGGGAUUAA